AUACUGAACUAGCUCUAAGCAUAUUUUCCCAAUGAGAGCUUUUCUAGUUCCACUGGUGUUGCUGCUCUGUCAUUUGGGAGAAGCAAAGUACACUCCAAGUGAAGAUGGAUCCUCUGACUCCCUUCAAUGUGGCAUUGUGUCUGACCUGAGAGAUCUGAGAGACAUGGUGGUGCUGCAGAGGGCAGAGCUGAGUCAUACCAUGGCUGAACUACAAGACACUAAGACUAAGGUGGAGGGGCUGAAAACAGAGAACUCAGGAAAAUUAUUUCAUUUUGUUUUAGUCAUGGAGUCCAGGCUGAUGAGUUCUGAACGACAACUUGAGGCAAUGAAGACAGAGAAUGCAGCCAUGGUGAGCAGAGUAACAUCCACUGAGAGUGAGAUUGAGAAACUGCAGAGGGAGAAUGCAGAGAGACCCAAGGCGGCAUUUUCAACCUCUUUAGGAAAAACUGGACACCAUGGGCCAUUCAACACUGCCACCACAGUAAUCUACAAGAACAUCUUCACAAACACUGGUGACCACUACAACAACGCUACAGGUAGCUUCACAGCACCUGUGAGAGGGGUCUACCACUUCAGCUUCACUAUGGGUGAUUUUCUCCAGUCAACUGUUAUGGGCCUAUCACUGUUCAAGAAUGAACAGCAAAUAAUUCAUUCAGGGGAAUGGGGUGACCAUAUGCAGUUUAGGUCUGCAUCCAAUGCAGUCAUACUACAGCUGGAGGUGGGAGAUGUAGUUUUUAUGCAACUCCCUGCAAACUACAGGAUUUAUGAUGAUUCAAAUCACCGUAACACUUUUACUGGCAUUCUACUCUUCCCAAUUUGAGAUUGUUUUUAAUGUGUUGUGAUGAUGAACAUCAAUGAAGGGCUUUUGACCAAA